AUGGAGAGCAACACUGGGCAACCACUCCUGUUCUAUCAGUUGCUGGGUUUGAAGGACUGUGAGCACCCGGCAGUGGGCCUGGUCGUCGAGGAACAGCAGUUGCGUGCGGCCCGCGAAACCCUUGCGGUGACCAUGCGCCAGACCGCCAAAGCGAAAGCUGAUCUGCUGGAGAAGUAUAGGGCCAAGCAGCAAGAGGCGGCCGAAGUCGAGGCCAAGCUCCUGCGCAUGCUCCAUGUCAGCGUCGACGCCGAGCCCAGCCUUGAUGGUGCCUUUGACGAUGUCUUUGACGAUGGUGAUGACGCCCACGACGACCAUCAGCAGCACCAGGCGGACAAUGCGAUAGACAGCUCAGCCGGGCGUGUGCUGGUGGACAAGCGGGCGGAGAAGCGGUUGCGAGACAAACUCGCCCGGCACAACAAGAACCUGGCCGAUCUGCGGCGCAAGCUGGUGGAGGAGGACAAGCGCGAGCGGGCGCGCCGCCGCAAGGUGCGCGCCAAGCGCGGCGACGCCCUGGCACAGGAAGAGCUGUACAUGGAGGACUGGGAAACCAUCUUGACUCAUACCGGCGCGGACGACGCCGAGCACUAUCUGGCCAGUGUGCACGAGCGGCGGUUGGAGCACGAGUUUCUGCUGCAGGCCGUGUCCGUCCGCAUGGCGGAGCUGGCCCAUCGCGAGGAGCAAGUGGUGGAAAAGCUCACUCACGCCCUCAAGCUGCAGUACAGGAAGAUCGCCCUGCGCUACCAUCCGGACAGGAGCGACAGCGAGUCGUCAACAGAGAUGUUCCAACUCCUGUCCAAGGCCUACGCCGUGGUCGGCGACACCCAGAAGAGACGAGUUUACAACGACAUGGGGAACCACACGCUCUACCUGUGCGUUCACGAGCAGGACAAGGACGAGCUGAGAAUGGCGGACAUAAGGGACGCUAAGAAAGCGAAGAAGAACGGCCAGCACGACGUGCUUCGGAUCACCAGCGGAGCGCCGGCCAAGAUGCGCUGCCCGACCGUCAAGUUCAUCCGCUCGUGCAUUCAUGUGUCGUGGACCCCACUCGAUAGUAGUGCGGACUACAGAUACUCCGUGGGCAUGGAGACCGACGGGGCCGAGCCAACCACCGUCUAUGAGGGAACUGACAAUCAUUGUGUGGUUGCGAUGGAGCUUGCCGAGGGCGACUACCAGUUUCGCGUGCGCGCCGCCAACUCGCUCGGCGCGGGGGAGUGGAGCGAACCCGCGUUCGCGUCCAUACUCGAGGGCGGCGGGAUGGUGAAUCCCUUCGGCCGCGCCGAGAAGAUGCAGUGGCAGCAGGCCAAGCAGGAGGCCAUCCGCGAGGAUAAGCGCAAGCGGCGCCGGCGGAAGGAGCAGAAGAGGAAGGACCGGCGGCUGCAGGAAGAGCAGCGGUCGGAGGCCGAGAAGCUGCUGCUGCAGGCCAAGCAAACGAGUCAGCAGAUCAUGCAAAUGAUCAACAGGGAGAAGCUGCGCGAUCUUGAGCGGCUGAUCGACCGUCUGCUCAGCGAGGAGCACGACGACAGGGUGCAGCGACUGCAGAUGGUGGUUAACUGGACCAACGCCCGGGGCGAAACGCCGCUCGUCGUCGCCGCUAUGAAGGGUGUCACCGCUGCGGUCAAGCUCCUUCUGGACAAGUUGGGCCGGUACGUCAACCUGGACGACACUGACAAUCAUCAUGGGCACUACGAGGGCCACACGGCGCUGCACUGGGCGGCGGAGCUGGGCCUAUCGGAUGCCGUAUCGUGGUUGCUGCGCCAACCGGAUGUGGAUGUCGACAUCGAAGCCUACGACAACGCCCACACGCCGCUGCACGCCGCCGCGUCGCACGGCCACCUCCUCAUCGUCCAGAUGCUCUACCAAAAGGCCGACAAGUCGAAGAAUGUCAGCUAUGGCGGUCAAGCUGAUGACGGUGCGGUUCUCUCGCCCGCAUUCCUCGCCUUGAUGAACGAACACUACGACGUCGCCAUGUGGCUGGUCCGGGCCGAAGAAAAGCGGCUCGGCAAGGAGUCAGAUUCGCAGGCGGUGCGCCAGCUCAAGGAGUCGCUCCUGCACCUGGCCGCCAUGCUGGACAGUGUCGAUGUGCUGCGCCUGCUCAUCGAAGGCGCCCACGGCGCGGACGUCGACACACGCGACAGCGAGGGCAACACGGCGCUGCACUUGGCCUACCAGGUGGGCAACGACGACGCGGUGGCCUACCUGCGGGACCGGGCCGGGUGUGACGCAGAGGCGGUCAACCACCGUGGCCUAACCCCCGCCCAGCUGACGCCCGGGCACGGCCACGACGAAAGCGAAGAUGACGAGCAGAGCGAAAGCGAAGAUAACGAAGCCGGAGAGGAAAGCGAAGACGAAUGCGAAAGCGAAAGCACAGACUUGGAGCAAGGCCUCCCCGAAGAAGCUCAGGAGAACGCAGAGCAGGCGGUUCAGGAGGAAUGCUACCUGGAGAACCUUCCGCAGGAGAUCAUUCUUCGGGUUUUGGGUUUCGCGUACGGGCGGGACGCCUGUGCGAUGCGGCAGACCUCGAGUUUCUUCCAGACGCUGGCGGAGGACAAUGUCCUGUGGCGCACCAUCUUCCUGCGCACGUUCCCCUUCUGCUUCGAGGCGGCCCGCAGCCAAACCAACUGGCGCUCGGCUUUCGCCAAUCAAAUCGCGAUGAAGAGGAGGUGCGCCAUCUGCAGUCGGGUGGACCAACUGCGCGUGUGCUCGGGGUGCCGCCUGGUCCACUACUGCGGCCCUGAACACCAGAACUUGCAUUGGCGGGUGAGCCAUCGUGGGUCGUGCGAGGGUCCUUUCCGCCUUCUCUCCGGCGUCAAGCGCCUCGUCGCCGAAGAACGAUCCAAGGAACGCGUGCAAAAGGCGCUCAGCAUCUUUGGGCUGGUUGAGCUCUCCCUCAAGAACGACGCCCCCACCGCCAACCAGGAGGAAUGA